AUGUUUUGUAGGUAUGGAAAUUGGGGGAUUUGCUUCAUAUAUGGAACAUGGUUUGCUCUUGGAGGCCUAGCCGCUGCUGGAAAGACGUACUAUAAUUGUGCUGCUAUUAGAAAGGGUGUUGAAUUUUUGCUUACAACACAAAAGGAGGAUGGAGGUUGGGGUGAGAGUUAUGUUUCAUGUCCCAAAAAGGAAUUUGUGCCAAUAAAUAGAAAAUCCAAUUUGGUUCAAACCGGAUGGGCUUUAUUGGGUCUACUUCAUACUGGACAAGCGGAAAGAGAUCCAACUCCUCUACAUUGUGCAGCAAAGCUUUUGAUCAACUCACAACUUGAAAAUGGGGAUUUUCCUCAGCAGGAAAUUACAGGGGCGUUUAUGAAGAAUUGCAUGUUACAUUAUCCAAUGCACAGGAGUAUUUACCCAAUGUGGGCACUUGCCGAAUACAGAAAUUGCGUUUUAUUGCCUUCUAUCAAUUGCUAGCAAGCUAGAAAGGUUUAAAUAAUUUUGGGAAAUUCUCUUUGGUAACACUGUACUUUUUUUAUUUUCUCAGUCGUACAUUGUAAUAUUUAUUAUUAUCUUCGGUAAACUUUAAUUAGCUAUAAUAAUACAAUGGUGACCUUCAUAAAACAAUCAAGUAAAUGCUUAAUCAUGGUUAAACAUUUUUUUAAAAGCUGAAAUUCAUAAAAUGCCCUUACUUAAUUCACUCAGUCAACUACAUAAUUAAAAACAAAAAACCCACGUCCUUUCUCCACCAACCUCAACCACCUCCCCCCCCCCCACCAGCCUACCCCCCUCCACAUCAGCGCCUAGCCCAACCUUAUUGGCGGCGGUCCAGGCUUCUCCUUCGCCGACCAAUCCUACCCCCACACCCCAACCUCCAACCCCCACCCCUGAUUUCCCCGGCCUCACUCUCGAUUUC